AUGAGAGAGAGGAGAGGGGCGGAAGAGCAGGAGGGAGGUGGAAGGCAAGGGCAGGGGGAGCAGGGGGGGGAAGGACGGCGGGAGGCGCAGGGGGAAAGGGGGUUCCAGGGCCCCGGUGUGGGGCAAUGGGGGAGAGAGGCAUGGGGGGAAGAGGCAUGGGGGGGGAAGCGAGGAGAGCGGGGAAGGGAAAGAUGGGGGCAGGAGGAGGAGCGUGAGAGAGGGGAGACGAGGGGGGCAUGGAGGGACGAGCGCCCUUCUUAUCCUCCUCCUCUUCCUCUCAAUUAUUCCAGCGCUCUUCCCGCCACCCAAUCUCCGCUUAUGCUUCCCCCCGAGGCCCGCUCAUCGUCCCCCCUUCCGCCUCCUCCCCCGGCCCCCCAUCCCCAUAGCAAACAUCUUUCCGACAGUCAUGCGGCGGCCGUUCAAAAGUCCGAGUCUGAAAAACGAUGCUUCUCCCUGAAUCAUACUGCUAAUAUGUCCGAUACGCCGGUUUUUGAGACUUCGCUUGACGAUUCUCGCCCUUCUUUGAAUUGUCAAGCGCGUGGGGGAGCGGAUGGGCGGCGAGGGGAGAGAGAGGGGGGGAGGGAGUGUGUGACACGGGGCGAGGAGGAAGUGGGGGAGGAGGAGGGGGGGGAGGGAGAGGAGGGAGGGGAGGAGUGGGAGAGUGAGGAGGAGAGUGAGGAGGAAGGGGAGGAGGUGGAGAAGGGAAGUGGAGGGGGGAGCAGGCAGCAAGAUGCAGCCGCGGCAACGAUGAGAGAGACGACUCCGCUUGCAGUAGCAGCGGCAAUGAGAGGUCUUACCCCCCCUUCAGCAGCACUAGCAGCAGCAAUGAGAGUUCUUACUCCCCCCCGGGGAGCAGCAGCAGCAGCAGCAGCAGCAGCAGCGGUGGCAAUGGGAGCCUUUACACCCCCCGCAGGAGCAGCAGCAGCACCACCGUCGUCGCCGCUGCUCUCCCCGGCAGCUGUAGCAGCAGCAGGAGGGGCAGGGGCACUAUCAAUCCCUCUCUUUCUUCCACACGGCACAAGUCCCCAUGCAGCAGCAGCGGCAGCAGUGCGCAUGCGAGCAUUCAUGGGCAUGUGCGCUGAGUCUCAGCAGAGUAACUCAAUACCUGUGCCUGGGGCUGUGCCAGGGGCUGCGCCCAAUCCUGUGCCUGUAUCUGCUCCAGGGACAGUGGGGAAUGGUAAACCUGUUUCUGCUGCUGCUGCUGCUGCUGCUGCUGCUGCUGUUGGUGGUGGUGGUGCUGCUGCUGCUGCUGCUGCCAGUGCUGCUGUUAGUGCGGCUGGUGGGGCGUGGGGGGGAGCAGGAAGAGGAGAGAGGAACGCUCCAAAACGCCACCAGCAGCAGCAGAGGCUGGGGGGCAUGGGCGUGCUGCUAGUAUGGAUCUCAACAAUCCACCCAAGACGCGACCUCCUGUACACGUGA